AUGGCUGUGAGGGAGGCCACCAAAUCAUCAGCUAAAGUGGAUUACUGCAUUCGAUUGCUGAAAAGACAAGUUUGUAACACUUUCAAAUGUUUUACCUCAUCGUUGUUCGUACGCCCGUUUUUAAAGCCACCAGAUUUAUUUACAAAUGACCUUACUGCUAAUAUCACUAUCAGUACGAGAACUAUUUCAACAUCAACAAGAAUUAGAAACAGAAGUUCAUUAACAGUAACUACAGCCAGUACGUCGUCACAGCUGGCUGUGACAAAUGUAAUGUCACAUUUACUAGCUGGAGAUCUCCAUAUUAAUAAUUCACAUAUUUAUAACAGUGCUCAUUUUGGCUUUCAGCCACGAAGGAAUGCAUCAUCCAGAGCAAGUGCCAGGAAGCCAACCAAGCAUUCGCACUAUUAUGAUGUGCUGGGUUUGAACCCCACUGCCACUCAAAAUCAGAUUAAAAGUGCGUAUUACAAGAUGUCAAAGUUGCACCAUCCUGAUGUCACGGAAUGUACCAAAAGCCAUGCUUUGUUCACCGAGAUAAAUGAAGCUUAUGAAACUUUGGGUGAUCUUCGCAAAAGACGACUGUAUGACAGAGGAUUGUUUAAACCUGGUGUCAGACCUAAUUUUGCUGCUGAAUCUGCAGUAAAUGAAGAUGGAGGUGAUUACACAGAAGCCUACAGGAAACGGUCAGUGUUUGACCGCGGCGACAGGCCACCUCCACCAAUGGGCCGCUCGAAAAUUUACAAUUUUGAUGAGUUUUAUCGGCAACAUUAUGGUGACCUGCGAGAGCGCCGAUGGAAAGAGGGUAUUGAGUACAUGAAGUUCAAAGAAUCUAUGGAAGAGAAUAAAAAAGUUCAAGAACAAAACGUACAUAAUUAUUUAGUUGGCACUGUUUUAGCUCUCACAUUUUUGUUCGGUUUCAUGUUGUAUACAAAUGUAGAUUACGAUGUAAAUAAACUGCAAGAAGCUCGUAAAAAAUCUGCUGGUAAUUCAAAUGGUGAUACAUAA